UAUAAGAACGGCUCUGACCAGAUUGAAGAACAGCACCAGGUUUACAGAGACCGAACGAAGAUGAACAAAGACCUGCUGAAAACUGGAGACCUCAGUCUGACCCUGAAAUACCCCACAGAGAAAGAUAACUACAUCUACACCUGCACCGUCUACAGCAGGGAGGGAAACCUCGUGAUGAUGAAACAAGUGGAGCUGAAAGUCAGAGUCCCCCAGGUGGAGGUGGAUUCAGGGGUGGAGUCUGUCCAGCUGCCCUUCAAAACCACACCUCACCUGCCUGAAGAUGCUAAAGUGGAGUGGAAGGACAAUUACGAGUUAAACGACAGGAAGGUCCACGUGUAUAAGAACGGCUCUGACCAGAUUGAAGAACAGCACCAGGUUUACAGAGACCGAACGAAGAUGAACAAAGACCUGCUGAAAACUGGAGACCUCAGUCUGACCCUGAAAUACCCCACAGAGAAAGAUAACUACAUCUACACCUGCACCGUCUACAGCAGGGAGGGAAACCUCGUGAUGAUGAAACAAGUGGAGCUGAAAGUCAGAGUCUGUCAGGUGGAGGUGGAGGAGGGGGCGGAGUCUGUCCAGCUGCCCUUCAAAACCACACAAAACCUUCCUGAAGAUGCUAAAGUGGAGUGGGUACACUAUGAACCAUACAGGAAGGUCCACGUGUAUAAGAACGGCUCUGACCAGCCUGAAGAACAGCACCAGGUUUACAGAAACCGAACGAAGAUGAACAAAGACCUGCUGAAAACUGGAGACCUCAGUCUGACCCUGAAACACCCCACAGAGAGAGACAGUGGAGAAUAUGUGUGUGCAGUUGACAUGAACAAUGUCUGGAUAAGAUACAAAUCAGUGCAGCUAAAAGUCAAAGGGAGAGUUCAGGUCCAGGAUCAAACAGGGGACAUCAGGAACAGGAGCAGCUCCAUUGAUCCGACUCCUCUGAUGGCUGAUCAAUCAGUUUGAUCUGUGUGUUCUUUGAUUAUUGAUCAGUGAUGUCAGAGUGGAGUCAGUGUGAUGUUGUUGUUGUGUGUUUGAGACUUUUAGUGUCCAUGAAGGUCUCUGCUGCCGUAGAUCCUCUGAACUGUGACAGAGGUCUCACUCUGGAGGAAACUCUCAGCACUUUCCAGCAGCUCCUCCAUCAUGGAGGAGGUUCCCUCACUGUAACAGGCGGAGGAGAGAGGAGAGGAAGCACAGGUGGAUCCUCUGAGGAAGAGGAGCGUUCCUACAAACCACAUGAUCACAUGACU